GUGUGUCCUGGAGCGGACUCAGACAGCGAGACGUGGACACCGAGAGUCACCGCAGCAAGUAGCACGUGCAGCUUCAUUGAGGGAAAUUCCCUGGAAUCUGAAUAAACACAUUUACCAACACACACAAUCAUGUUUCCGCCUCAGUCAUGAGCGCAUACCUGUCAGCAGGUGGCGGACGGACACGGUCAGCUAUACUGGGCGCGCGAUAGAGGGCACGAGCAGAAAUCAUGGCAGGCGGUGAGAGAGUCGCUCAUCUGAUGCGCCAGCUCGCGAGCGCGGCAUGCAGAUGUCCCGCACAUUCUCAAGCGUAUUCCCACACUUAUAACCAAGUUUCUGCAGGUGAGGCUCAUAUUUGUGAGCGGAAAACAGACUACGCAUUUGAAAUGGCUUGUUCAAAUAUCAGAUUUGGAGCAGGAGUUACCAGAGAAAUUGGCAUGGAUUUGCAGAACAUGGGAGCACGUAAUGUGUGUCUGAUGACAGAUAGAACCCUGUCUCAGCUGCCGCCUGUUGCAGCAGUGCUGGACUCACUGACAAAACAUGGAGUCAAAUAUAAGAUCUUUGAGGACGUGCGAGUAGAACCAACUGACAAAAGCUUUAAAGCAGCGAUUGAGUUUGCCAAAAAAGGACAUUUUGAUGUGUAUGUUGCUGUGGGCGGAGGCUCUGUGAUUGACACCUGUAAAGCAGCCAAUCUCUAUGCAUCUCAUCCAGAGGCAGAAUUUCUAGACUUUGUCAAUGCACCAAUUGGAAAAGGAAAACCCAUCACAGCCACACUGAAGCCACUGAUUGCUGUUCCUACAACAGCUGGAACGGGGAGUGAAACCACAGGAGUGGCGAUCUUUGACUUUGAGGACAUGAAGGCCAAAACUGGUAUUGCAAAUCGAGCCUUAAAGCCUACUUUAGGAAUGGUGGAUCCCCUACAUACUCUUCACAUGCCAUCCAGAGUGGCAGCUAACAGCGGGUUUGAUGUGCUCUGUCAUGCAUUAGAGUCAUUCACUGCAUUGCCGUAUAACCUGAGAAGUCCCUGCCCACCCAAUCCCAUUAAUCGCCCCGCUUACCAGGGCAGCAAUCCAAUCAGUGAUGUUUGGGCGAGACACGCUCUCAAGAUCGUUGCCAAAUACUUGAAACGGGCGGUGUGUGAUGCGGGAGAUGUGGAGGCUCGCUCCAGCAUGCACCUGGCCAGUGUGUUUGCAGGAAUUGGCUUUGGCAAUGCAGGAGUCCAUUUAUGUCAUGGAAUGUCAUAUCCUAUUGCCGGGAAUGUCAAAACUCACAGGGCUAAAGGCUACAAUGUAGAACAUCCUAUAGUGCCUCAUGGACUCUCUGUAGUUCUUACUUCACCCGCUGUUUUUACUUUUACUGCAAACAUGUGUCCUGAGCGCCACCUGGAGGCAGCACAAAUACUAGGUACUGAUGUGAGGAACGUCAAGAAAGAGGAUGCUGGCCGUGUGUUGGCGGACACUCUCAGAUCGUUUCUGUAUGACCUGGAAGUGGAGGAUGGCUUGUCUGCAAUUGGCUACACCAAAGAGGACAUACCAUCUUUGGUGAAGGGCACCAUCCCUCAGGAGAGGGUAACUAAACUGUCUCCUCGAGCUCACACUGAAGAAGAUCUGACCACUCUAUUUGCUGCGUCCAUGAAGCUCUACUGAGCUCUUAAAGGACAUUUUAACAUGGUUGGUGUUCGCAGAAGUUCACAGCCUCAGAUUAGCUGUGCUGAUUUCAUUAUGUAAGAAGAGACACUGAUCUGAACACACAUUGACCUCACUGGACUUUAAUCCUUUCACACUGAUGUCACAGACUUAAGACUAUAACACACUCACAAUCAGAUACUCUAUUCUGUACACCAUUCUAAAUAUGACACAUAUGUUUGUGUUUCAUGUGUCAUCAACAUAACACAAUCAUCAUAGUAAUCAUAUUUAAACCAACCUGUAUACACACACAGUACGGAUGCUCUCCAUUCACUGUAACUCUUAGGCUGAUUUGUUAAUCAGAGUGAUUUAGGCAGGUUGGAUUUAAAUGACUCUAAUCUAAGAAUUAGGAUUAGACUUUUAAUUGCAUUUGUUUUUUUGGUCGAGUUGUUUUUUUGUUAUUGUUUUCCCUGAAUGGCUAUGCAGCAAAUCAGAAAGACUGAUUAAUGAAUUCAUUCAUGCUGUCUUGAAAUGUUCAUCUGAAUUGAGGAGCCCUUAUAUGAUUUUGAAUAUGAUAGAAAUAUCAAUACAUGCAAUAAAAUGCAAAUGCCAUAAUACUU